ACAAGGAUAAAAAUUUCUAUGUGGCCUUGGAGAACGUGGACACCACUAUGAAGCGAGUGAAGAGACUUGGCUUGGUGGCGUUUGCCAGCCCGGGGGAUGAUGGAGAUGGCAGAGCCGAAGCUUUUAGCCUGGUGCUCCCACUUAGUGAGCGGGCAAGGGCUGCAGGAGGUGGGGAGAAGGAGUGUCAGGAGCCCUUUUUGGGGGAUAAAGAGGGCUCGAAAUAUACAACCUUCCACAGCAGCCAAGGCUCCAGUCACACAACACUCUUCCCUCACAGCACCACAAGCUCAGGCAUCACUGAAACAUCUAAACACGUCCACAACAGCACUGGUUCAACACACACAACACUGUCCCCUGCCAGUUCCACAAGCGCUGGCCUUCAGGAAGAAUCUGGAACUUUCCAGAGCUGGCCAAGCUCAAAUGACACAACACCUUCAUAUCCUAGCACCACAUCAGCCCCUGUUGAAGUAUCUACAACCUACCACAGCAGACAGACCUCAAUUACAACAACACAAUUUUCUGCCAGCUCAGAAACCUUGGACCAUGGUGAGGAAUUAACAAAAGUCCACAGCAGCACAGAUGGAACUGGAACAACACCCUUACCUACCCGCUCCACAACCUCAGGCCUCAGUGAAAAAUCAACAACUUCCCACAGCAGUCCAGGCUCAACGGAGACAACACUCUUCCCUGAAAGCACUACAACCUCAGGACGCAGUGAAGAAUCAACAACUUCCUACAGCAGCACAACUCACACACCAUCACCUCCUAGAACCACAUCUGCCCUUGUUAAAGAAUCUUCAAGUUACCACAGUAACCUGGGCUCUCCUGCAACAAAACACUUCCCUGACAGCUCCACAACCUCAGGCCAUAGUGAGGAAUCAACAGCAUCCCACAGCAGCCCAGACGCAAUGGAAACCACAUUCUUACCCAACCGCUCCACAGUCUCAGCUCUGCUUAGAGAAUCUACAACCUCACCCAUCAGUUCAGGCUCAGUGGAAACAACAAUGUUACCCAGCAGUACCACAACACCAGGCCUCAGUGAGAAAUCGACCACUUUCCACAGUAGCCCCAGAUCACCAGACACAACACUCUCACCUGCCAGCACGACAAGCUCAUCUGUCAGUGAAGAAUCCACCACCUCCCUCAGCCGACCGGGGUCAACGCACACAAUGGCGUUCCCUGACAGCACCACCAUACCAGGCCACAGUCAGGAAUCGACAACUUCCCACAGCAGCCCAGGCUCAACAGACACAACACUAUUCCCUGGCAGGACCACAGCACCAUCCCUUGGUCAAGAAUCCACAACCUUCCACAGCAGCCCAGGCUCCACUCAUACCACACUCUACCCUGACAACUCCACAACCUCAGGCCGUAGUGAGGAAUCAACAAUAGUCCACAGCAGCCCAGAUGCAACUGGAACAACAGCCUCACCCGCCCACUCCACAGCCUCAGGUCGUGGAGAAUCUACAAUCUCACCCAUCAGUCCAGUCGCAGCUGAAAUAACAACAUUACCUGGCAGUACCACAACAACAGGCCUCAGUGAGACAUCUACCACCUUACACAGUAGCCCCAGAUCACCGACCACAACACUCUCACAUACCAGCAUGACAAGCCUAGGCAUCAGUGAAGAAUCCACCACCUCCCAUAGCCAACCGGGCUCAACUCACUCAACAGUGUCACCAGCCAGCACCACCAUGCCAGGCCUCAGUGAGGAAUCUAGCACCAUCUACAGUAGCCCAGGUUCAACUGAAACCACAGUGUCCCCUGGUAGCAGCACAACCUCAAUUCGUGGGGAAGAAUCCACAACCUUCCACAGCCUGCCAGCAUCAACUCACACAACACUGUUCACUGAGGACACCACCACCUUGGGACACACUGCGAAAUCUACAGCCUUCCCCGGCAGCCUUGUCUCCACCCAAACAGUGUUACCUGCCACCCUCACAACCACAGACCUCGGUGAGGAAACAACAACCUUCCUCAGCACCUCAGGCUCAAGUGAAACAACACUGUCACCUGCCCGCUCCACAACCACAGGCCUUGUUGGACAAUCUACAACCUCACCCAUGAGUCCAACCUCAACUGAUACAACAACAACUUUAUCUGGCAUUACCACAUCACCAAGCCUCAGUGAGAAAUCUACCACCUUCUACACUAGCCCCAGAUCACCAGAUGCAACACUCUCACCUGCAACCACAACAAGCUCAGGCGUCAGUGAAGAAUCCAGCACAUCCCUUAGUCAACCAGGCUCAAAGCACACAACAGCCUUCCCCGACAGCACCACCAUGUCAGGCCUCAGUCAGGAACCUACAACUUCCCACAGCAGCCAAAGUUCAACAGACACAGCACUGUCCCCUGGCAGUACCACAGCCUCAUCCCUUGACCAAGAUUUUACAACCUUCCCCAGCAGCCCAGGCUCCACUGAAACCACAGUCUCACCUGAAAACACCACAACCUCAGGCCUCGAUGAAGCAUCUACACCCAUCCACAGCAGCACUGGCUCACGACACACAACACUGUCCCCUGCCAGCUCCACAAGCCCUCAGGGAGGCCUUCAGGGAGAAUCUACCACCUUCCAGACCCACCUAGGCUCAACUCACACAGCACCUUCACCUCCUAGCACCACAACUACACUUGUUGAAGAAUCUACUACCGCCAACAGCAGCCCGGGCUCAACUGCAACAACACACUUCCCUGACAGCUUCACAACCUCAGGCCAUAGUGUGGAAUCAACAGCAUCACACAACAGCCCAGAUGCAAUGGAAACCACAUUCUUACCCACCCGCUCCACGGUCUCAGUUCUUUUUGGAGAAUCUACAACCUCACCCAUCAGUUCAGGCUCAGUGGAAACAACAAUGUUACCCAGCAGUAACACAAUAGUAGGCCUCAGUGAGACAACGACCACUUUGCACAGUAGCCCCAGAUCAUCAAACACAACACUCUCACCUGGCAGUAGGAGAAGCUCAGGCCUCAGUGAGACAUCUACCACCUUACACAGUAGCCCCAGAUCACUGACCACAACAUUCUCACCUGCCAGCAAGACAAGCCUAGGCAUCGGUGAAGAAUCCACCACCUCCCAUAGCCAACCGGGCUCAACUCACUCAACAGUGUCACCGGCCAGCACCACCACACCAGGCCUCAGUGAGGAAUCUACCACCAUCUACAGCAGCCCAGGCUCAACUGAAACCACUGUGUCCCCUCGCAGCAGCACAACCUCAAUUCGUGGGGAAGAAUCCACAACCUUCCACAACCGGCUAGCCUCAACUCACACAACACUGUUCACUGAGGACACCACCACCUUGGGACUCACUCAGGAAUCCACAGCCAUCCCUGGCAGCCUUGUCUCCAUGCAAACGGUGUUACCUGCCACUCUCACAAUCACAGACCUCGGUGAGGAACCAACAACCUUCCCCAGCAGCUCAGGCUCAAGUGGAACAACACUCUCACCUGCCCGCUCCACAACCUCAGGCCUUGUUGGACAAUCUACAAUCUCACCCAUGAGUCCAACCUCAACUGAUACAACAACUUUACCUGGCAUUACCACAUCACCAAGCCUCAGUGAGAAAUCUACCACCUUCUACACUAGCCCCAGAUCACCAGAUGCAACACUCUCACCUGCAACCACAACAAGCUCAGACGUCAGUGAAGAAUCCAGCACAAUCUUUAGUCAACCAGGCUCAAAGCCCACAAAAGCGUUCCCUGACAGCACCACCAUACCAGGCCUCAGUCAGGAACCUACAACUUCCCACAGCAGUCAAAGUUCAACAGACACAACACUGUCCCCUGGCAGUGCCACAGCGUCAUCCCUUGAUCAAGAUUUAACAACUUUCCACAGCAGCCCAGGCUCCACUGAAACCACAGUCUCACCUGAAAACACCAUAACCUCAGGCCUCGAAGAAGCCUCUACACCCAUCCACAGCAGCACUGGCUCACGACACACAACACUGUCCCCUGCCAGCUCCACAAGCCUUCAGGGAGACGUUCAGGGAGAAUCUACCACCUUCCAGACCCACCCAGGCUCAACUCACACAGCAGCUUCACCUCCUAGCACCACAACUACCCUUGUUGAAGAAUCUACUAACGCCGACAGCAGCCCAGGCUCAACUGCAACAACACACUUCCCUGACAGCUCCACAACCUCAGGCCAUAGUGAGGAAUCAACAGCAUCCCACAGCAGCCCAGACACAAUGCAAAACACAUUCUUACCCACGCGCACAACAGUCUCACUUCUUGUUGGAGAAUCUACAACCUCACCCAUCAGUUCAGGCUCAGUGGAAACAACAAUAUUACCCAACAGUACCACAACACCAGGCCUCAGUGAGAAAUCCACCAGUUUCCACAGUAGCCCCAGAUCACCAGACACAACACGCUUACCUGCCAGCAUGAAAAGCUCAGGUGUCAGUGAAGAAUUCACCACCUCCCUCAGCCGACCAGGGUCAACGCACACAACACCGUUUCCUGAAAGUACCACUGUGCCAGGCCUCAGUCAGGAAUCUACCACUUCCCACAGUAACCCAGGCUCAACAGACACAACACUGUUCCCUGGCAGGACCACAGCAUCAUCCCUUGGUCAAGAAUCCACAACCUUCCACAGCAGCCCACGCUCUACUGAAACCACAGUCUCACCUAAAAACACUACAACCUCAGGCCUUGAUGAAGCAUCUACUCCCAUCCACAGCAGCACUGGAUCACGACACACAACACUGUCCCCUGCCAGCUCCACAAGCCCAGGCCCUGAGGGAGAAUUUACCACCUUCCAAAUCCCCCCAGGAUCAACUCACACAGCACCUUCACCUCCCAGCACCACAACUACCCUUGUUGAAGGAUCUACUACCGCCGACAGCAGCCCGGGCUCAACUGACCACAGCAUCAUCCCUUGGGCAAGAAUCCACAACCUUCCACAGCAGCCCACGCUCGACUGA